CGUAUCUAAUAUAUCAUCGUAUUACAGUAUCAAACUAGCUAGGUAAAAAAUUUUAUACAGACCUGACAUAUAUUUACUGUAACAUUCUCUAACAACUUUCCUAUAGCAAACUCUACUUUUACGACACAGACAAAAAAAAAUUAUGAAGACGAAAAGUAAAACGAUUAGUGCUGCCAAAAAAGAUGGCGCACAACUAAAAGUCGAAGAGUAUGUUGUUGAUCCUGAAAAAAUUUUGAAAUAUACAAGAGGUAGUCGAGUCAAAACAAAGGAUAUUAAAGAUCGGAAAUUAAAGAGCAAAUUGAGAGCUCACGAAAAGAAAUAUGAUCAAGCUGUUAAACAAGCUGCAAGAUCUGAACUUCUUAUGACGGAAGAAGCAGGUGUUUUAGAAGCGGAGGGGAUGGAGCGCACACACAAAUUUCGACAAGUAGAUAUAGCAGAUGCUGUGGAUAUCACUAGUGCACAAAAAUUCUUUAGUUUGAAGCUUGAUACGUUUGGACCAUACAAAAUCAACUAUACACGAAAUGGAAAGUUCCUUUUAAUUGGUGGACAAAAGGGUCAUUUAGCUGGCAUGCAAUGGCAAAACAAACAUUUAUCAUGUGAAGUUCAUGCACAAGAAGCUGUGCGUGACGUAAAAUGGUUACAUCAGGAAACCUUUUUUGCUGCUGCUCAAAAAAAAUAUGUUCAUAUAUACGAUAAUCUUGGAACUGAAAUUCAUUGUUUAAAGAAUCAUAGAGAGGUUAACAGAUUGGAAUAUUUGCCAUAUCAUUUUUUACUUGCUACUGUGGGUAACAGUGGGUUUUUAAAAUAUCAAGAUACAUCUACUGGUCGUCUUGUAUCAGAACUUCGUACAAAGCUUGGUCGUUGUGAUUGUAUGACAUAUAAUCCAUACAAUGCAGUUAUCAAUCUGGGUCAUUAUAACGGUUGUGUUACUAUGUGGAGUCCAGUUGUGAAAGAACCUCUUGUUAAAAUGUUAUGUCACCGUGGUCCUGUACUUUCUGUUGCAGUCGAGAAACAAGGAGUUUAUAUGGCUACUUCUGGUCUGGAUGGUUUCAUGAAAGUCUGGGAUAUCAGGGCAUAUAAACCUGUUUACAAAUAUCAAAUGAAUGGUCGUGCUGCACAAUGUUUGACAAUAAGCCACAAAGGAAUGUUAGCUGCAGCUUUCGGAUCACAAGUUUACGUGUUUAAAGAUGCUUUGUCAGAAAAACAAAGUAUGCCCUACAUGAAACAUGCAACACCUGGUAGCGAUAUUUCGAGCUUACAGUUUUGUCCUUACGAAGACGUACUUGGUAUAGGUCAUGCCAAAGGAUUCACAAGUGUUAUCGUUCCUGGUAGUGGAGAACCUAACUUUGACGCUCUGGAAGCGAAUCCAUUUGAAACUAAGAAACAACGCAAAGAGCAUGAAGUUAAGAUGCUGUUGGAAAAGAUUCAGCCCGAGAUGAUCAGUUUAAAUCCUUUGGAAAUUAUACAACUCGACAAAGCUGACACAAAGACAAAAAAAGAUAUGAAAGACGAAGAAAAGGAGGAAGUUAGCUUUGAACCAAAAUAUAAGAUGAAGGGAAGAAGCGCUUCUUCUAAGGUGGUGCAAAGAAAGAAAGGUGUUGACGAACUGUCGAAGAGAGACCAACUAAAAGCCAAAUUAUUAGAAGAAAAAAAGAAGGAAAGAGAAAAGAAAGAGAAAGAACCUGCUAAAGGGCCGACAUUAUUUUCAUGUGCGUUGGAUCGUUUUAAACCGACGACACGAUAACAAUUGACCGACAUGUGACGGUGAUGUGUUGUGAAGAAAUAUGGUUGUCGUGACACCAGUUGGUUGUGACGGUGGGCAUGUCAUCGAAUCAGUUGUAACGAAUCUGACACACGCUGAAAGUUGAUUAACAGUGACAACGAUGACAACGAUGACGUCAUUAAUCUCAUUAAGAGCCAUCUGUGUUUGACAUUUUUAAAAACAACAUGUAUUACAACCUGGUUUUCACGACAUCUUUUUUUUUCAGUUACAAUGUAGAAACCAGGUAGAAAGCGAUUAAUAUAGUUUGGAUUGGUUUCUGCUCGAA